AUGGACACCGGCUCCGUGCUCUCCCGCAGCCUCCUGCUCUUCCUGGGUUACCUAUUAGAAGGAGUCUUGGGCACAACAGUGAUCCCAUUAUGUGGGCCUGGUGAAAUGGAGAACUGUACAACAGCACUACUCCAGACAGAGAACAGUCCACGUGUGGCUCAAGUUGGGAUAACUAGAUGCAAGCCUGAAAUGAAGGACUACUGCUUCCACGGGCAGUGUGUGUACAUAGUGGACUUGGAUGAGCACUACUGCAGGUGUGAUGUAGGCUUCUCUGGUGUCAGAUGUGUGCAUUCAGAACUUGUCAGACAGCCCCUCAGUAAGGAGUACGUGGCACUGACCGUCAUCGUAGUCCUGCUCUUCCUCGCUGCCACCUCCAUUGCAAUCUACUACAUCUGCAGAAGGUACCGAAACAAGAGGAGACGAACAAACGCCAGCGAGUACAAGGAGGUUGGUGCCCUGUAGAAGAGCUGGUGGCUUCCUGCAGUGUUCUGUUCACCUGGGUGGACUCAGAGGCUUCCCAUCUAUUUAAAUGUUAUUUUUAUUAAAUAUAUUUACAAUAUUUAUAUCCUUAAAAAAAUUUCAGAUGUUCUGUGAUCCAAUCAGUAUAGGUCAAGCAUUGUAUUUUCAGUGUUUUAUUUUUUUAUUAAAUAAUAUUUCCUAAUGAGAACCCCACCUGAGUGGUUCUGUGGGAUAGAGAUAUAUUUUUAUAAAAACUCAUCUUCUUACUCUCAAGAGUAGUUUUAUAUUUAUUCUUGUGAAUAUGUUCAAAACAAUUCUACUCCUUAAAAUAAAAGUUGUUAACAAA